GCAAGAUGGAGGCCGCGCCGAGGCCACCGCCUGGGCCCGGGCAGCCGCCGCGCCCGGUACCGCCGAGCCCCGGCGCCUAGGCCUAGCCAUCCGGACCGCUGCUCGCCCGGCCCAGCUCGCACCCGGGGCCGGCGGCCGGUCCCGCCCCCGGCACCAUGCUGCCCUCGCAGGAGGCCUCCAAGCUGUACCACGAGCACUAUAUGCGGAACUCGCGGGCCAUCGGCGUGCUGUGGGCCAUCUUCACCAUCUGCUUCGCCAUCAUCAACGUGGUGGUCUUCAUCCAGCCCUACUGGGUGGGCGACAGCGUGAGCACUCCCAAGCCUGGCUACUUCGGCCUCUUCCACUACUGCGUGGGCAGCGGGCUGGCGGGCCGCGAGCUCAUCUGCCAGGGCUCCUUCACCGACUUCAGUACCAUCCCGUCAGGCGCCUUCAAGGCGGCCGCCUUCUUCGUGCUGCUCUCCAUGGUGCUGAUCCUCGGCUGCAUCACCUGCUUUGCCCUCUUCUUCUUCUGCAACACGGCCACGGUCUACAAGAUCUGCGCCUGGAUGCAGCUCUUGGCAGGUUUGGUUUCCUCGUCAGUAAAACAAUGGAGAGGAUUACAGAGGACAAAGGAAAGAGGAUCUGGUUCUUUGAGGGGAAGAGGAUUGUCAGAUGUGAGGGGUCUCUCCACCUUCCUGCAUGGUAUCCAGAGAGGUGACAGUGUGUGUUUCCAUCUAUUUUUCAUCCGGAGUCAAGCUGGAAAGGAUAUGCUCACCUGGAGCCCCCUGUUCAUCAGCCUGAAUUUGGAGUCUGCAGAUGGGUUGUUGACCUUGUGGCCUUCAAAUUCUCUGUAAUCCCUGUGGAAUUAAUCUUAGGGAUUUAAUGAAAUGUUCAAUAACCUUCAUGUAGCCAUUGGAUUUCAGAGACCUUAGCCAUCAGCUCCUUCAAAUUCUGCCCAAAUUCUCUCCCCUUACAGCAAGAGAGGAAACUGAGUGUAGAGAGUGAAGGGGUCACUCAGCCUCACACAGCCAGCAAGGAAGGAAUCAUAUUGAAAGUGCCAGCUUUCCUAACAUUGGCCUGGAGCACUUUCCCUUCAAUUACUUCCCCUGCCCUGAGGGUUGAGGGUCAGAGUUGAACAGUUUAUUUUAUUUUGCUUAGAGAUUUCUGAGUUCUCUGGCUUAGUGUCUGAUUUACUGUGCUUCAUAGAGUAAAUAUGCUUAAUAGGCACAGGACAGGGCACAGGGCACUGGGAUGGAAAUUGUGACUCACUCCUCCUGUGUCUCACCAUAUACCAUAAGACUUUUUAGUUAAAUCUCAGUUUUCCCAUCUGUACAGUGGGGGUGUGGGGAGUUGGGGAUUAGUUGACCUGAAGUGCCCUUUUCAGCCUUGUGGGCUCCUCACACCACUCUUUCAUCAAAUCCAUUCCACUGAGAAAGUGAGCUUCCAAGGAAUUGCAGAGAAGCAAAGGGCUUCAUUUGUGUCUCAUGAGAAUUCAAAUGCCUGUCAUGUGAUUCUUGUUUCUUUGAACUUUUAUUUCGUAUUUGAGUGCAGAAUACUGGACCACUGGGAAAAUACAAAGAGAUAUCAUUUAUUUGUUUAUUCCUCACUGUUCUGUGGUCAUAGAGCUGGAUGCUACAGUACUGACACACGUAAGCUAUCACCUCUGACCCAAGAACCUGAAGUCUAUAAAAUACAGUCCCUACCCCUAGGAAACUGACCAUCAUGCUGGGUCACUGUGUUUAUCAGUAAUCUUCCAGUGACAAGUGGAAAACUCAAUGUAAACUUGCUUAAGUAAAUGAAAAUAAAAUAGAGGGUAGAGUUUUUUGAUUCAUAUAAUUUGAAGGCCCAGUGUGAGACCACAGGCAUGCAUAGAUCCAGAAGCUCAAAUAAUGUCAUGAAGAAUCUGUCUUCAUUUUUUAUUCCUCUUGUUCACUCAUGUUAAGUCCAUUUCCCUUUUGAAGGUGACAAAUAGGGCCAUUGGAAGCUCUGGACUUACACUGCUUUGACUUAUGUUACAUAGCAAUACCUGUGGAAGAAACAUGAUUCUAGUGAAAUUGGAAUGUUGACCAGCAUUUGCCAAAUGUCCACUUUUUUCCUUUUUGUACUGGGGAUUGAACUCAUGGUCUCCACGCUGACAUACAUUCCCGGUGCUUUUCACUUGUUAUUCUGAGACAGGGUCUCAUUAAGUUGCCCAGGCAGGACUCAAACUUGUUUCCCUUUGGCCUCAACCCCUGUGUACUGGGAUUAUAGGUGUAUGAAACUGUACCCAGCUGCCAAGGGUCUCCUCUUGGUAAGUCAUGGUGAUGUAGUCUAAGGCCUGAGCCAGGUGCCCUUCUCAGAUAGUGAAGGAAGGUCAGUUCCCACAAAGGUACAUUUUGGGCGAUGACCAGAAGAGGGGCACUGUGGGUAGGGAACCUGCAGCACUACACCUGCCUGUGGAAACCCAGAGCAAGAGAGGACUGUGGCUUGGGGAGAAUGAGGCAGUGCUGACAGGUGUGGGUGUGGGAGAGGUAGGUCGAGGGCAAGGAACAGAGGGGAGGAGGCCACCUUGGGCUUGAGUGUGGGGUCUAUUCAGGGGAGCAUCAGGGGAAGGCAGGAAGGGGAUGAGAAGGAACAAGGGCCUCAGUGUACCUGGCCGAGAGAGUUUGGACUUCAAUCAGCAGGCAGUCAGAAGCUACUAUAGCUGUUACUAUUACUCAAGAGAAGUGAUUAAUGUAUUCUGAGCCCUUACUACAUCUAAACAUUUGACACACAGAAUGUUAUUUAAUCCUUACAAGAAUGCUAUGGAAGAGGCAGUGUUGUCCUAUUAUAUACAUGAGAACAGCCUCAGAAGGGAGAGCCUCAUCUGUCCAAGCUCACAUGGGAGAGUGGUGGAGCCAGAGUUGUAGCUUGGUCUUCCUGACUCUAAAGCCAAGUUUGUGGUUCAGACAGGACUGAUGGGGAGGAUGGUGGCGGGGCCUUGCUGCCAGGAUGCUGAGUGGAGGCUGAAGAGUUGGUGGCCAUCUAUGGAGCGGGGCUCAAAUUUUCAGGGUUCCUCAGGGCAUCUCAGCUACUCUUUCACCUGUUUGCUUGAGUUUUUUGAGGGCACACAGGGUGCCAGCCUCCACAUCUUGCUCCAAGGCCACACCACUUGUCCAGGAGAGGAUGGAGCUGGAACUCAGUACAAGUUGACAUGGCUCUGGAGCCUGUUCUUGCCACUGAGCCAGAACCUGGAAGUGAAUCCAUGACAAGUCAUGGCCAACUCUCCAUGUGUUGAUGACAUGUGGGCUGGCAAGGUCAGCCAAGGGCAGACCCCCACCCCCACCCCAGCACAGGUCAGCUACAGCCUCGGGAGGCUGAGAGGGUGCAGUGGGGGCUCUGCCACUGCUUCACUGUGUGGUUUUGAAUAAGUGUGCCUGCCUUUCUGAUCUGUUUCCUCAUCUGUGAAAUCAUUGAAAGCUCUAAAAGGUUUGCCAGCACUGGCCUAGAGUAAUUUAGAGCACAUCCACAUUCUCCAUUUUCUUAGGUCUUGUUUCAGAUUCAGAUUUUACCUAUCUAGUAAACUUUGUUGUAUGGGCUGGGGAUUUAGCUCAGUGGUUCCAGCGCCUGCCUUGCAAGCACAAGGUCCAGAGUUUGAUCCCCGGUAACUUCGUUGUAUGUGCAUGACACUGCUAAGCACAGUGAGGACAUUUUUUUUCUCCUCCUUUCUCUUCCUCUCUCCCUCCCUUUUUCUUCUUUUCUCAGCCUCUUCCUUCCUUCCUUCCUUUUUCCCUCCUUCCUCUUCCCUUCCGGCCUUCCUACAUUUUUGCUCCUCUCUCUCCCUCUCUCCAGGAACCCCUUCAUUUCUUUCUCACAUCACCCCUUUCCUGAAGGCCUUCCGGUGUGUCAGCCCUGUGCCUGGCUCCAGGAAUCCUGAGUACAAGAGCUUGCUGCUUGGUGCUAGGAGUCUAUGCAGGAGAGGCAAACAGCAGAUCUGAGUGCUAUGGAACAUGCAAUGCCUGAGUCCUAUGCAGGGUGCUCUGGGACAUGGAGGGGUUUCUAACACAGCCAAGGAUAGCCGGAGGGUCUUCCCAAAAGGGCAACAAAAUUAGAGCUGAAUCUUUUUUUUUUUUUUUUUGUGGUACUGGCAGUUGAACUCAGGACCUUCGCACCCAGUUAUAUACUCAGCCUUCCUUCUACUUUUUAUUUUUAUUUGUUUAUUUAUUUUUCAGUCAUGUUCUUGCUAAUUUUCCAGGCUGGGCUUGAAUUUGUACUUCUCCUGCCGCACCCUCCCUCAGGACUGGGAUUACAGGUGUGUGCCAGCACACUUGGCUUGAACAAUGCUUUUUUACAUAAACAGUGUAGAGUGUUAGUUGUCUAUUGGUCCAUAACAACUUGCCACAAAGCCUACUUGUGGCCAAAAGCAACUAGCAUUUAUUAUGUUUCCUUCUUUGUCUUCUCAUGUAUUCUCUUGUUUUUUUACCAGUGGUGAUUGAAUUUAGGGGCACUCUCUCACUCAGCUACUCCCCAGCCCUUUUUAUUUUUUAUUUUAUUUAUUUAUUUACUUAUCUAUCUAUUUAUUUAUUUAUUUAUUUUGGUACCAGGGAUGGAACUCAGGACCUUGUGCUUGUGAGGCAGGUGACAGAACCCCUGAGCUAAAUCCCCAGCCCUUAUUUUUGUUUUGAGACAAGGUCUUGGUAAAUUGCUCAGGUGGGAUUCGAACUUGUGAUCCUCCUGCCUCAGCCUCUCUCUAUUUUGGGAUCACAGGUGUGUGUCACCAUGCCCCCUUAUUCCUGUUUCUGGGAGUCACAGGAAUUUGGGAGCCGCUUAGAAUGGGAAUGGGGGGUACUGAUUCAGGAUCUCUUGUGAAGUUGCAAGCAAGACUUUAGCUGGGGCUAUAGUUGUCAGAAGUUCACUAAGUGCGUUCUCCUGAGUGUUGGCAGACCUCAGAAUGCGUGAUCUGAGAGAGAAAUCAAAUGGAAGAAACCACAAUGCCUGCCUCCCACUUUGAGCAACAACUUUAUUGAGAUAUAAUUCAUAUGCCAUGAAGUGUGCACAUCUAAAGUGAACAGUUCAAGGUUUUAGUGUAUUCAUACAACCAUUGCCACCAUCAAUUUUAAGCUAUUUUCAUCAUCUUGAGAAGAAACUUUGUACUAACCCUUUAGCUAUCACCCUGUAAUUCCUGACCACCUGUUCUCCCUGGUCCCACACAAGCACUAACUUGCUAUCUUACGCUAUACGUUGCCCAUUCUGGACAUUUCAUAUAAUGAGACCAGAUAAUACAUGGUCUUUGUGACUGGCCUCUUAGCACAGAGUUUCAAGGCUCAUUCAUGUUGUAAUGUGUGUCAGAAUUUCAUUCCUUUUUUGCCAAAUAACCUUCCAUUGUAUGGCUGUACCGCACUUGGGUUACCCAUUUAUCACCGGAUGGACAUUUGGGUUGUUCUCACCUUUUAGCUAUUGUGAAUAGUGCAGUGAGUUACUGUAUGAGUUUUUGUGUUGACACAACUGGUGUAUGUGUGAGGGUGUGUGGCACUGGGCAUUGAACCCAGGCCCUCAGGCUAGGCCAGACCUCUACCACUGAGUUCCAUGCCCAACCCCUUAAGUUAACUUUUGUCUGUUAUAAGUAUGGGCCCAUCUUCAUCUGGCUCCAGUUGUCCAAGCACCAGUUAUUGAAAAGAUCAUCUUUUCUCCACUGAAUGAUCUUGGUAUCCUUGUCAAAAGUCAGUUGGCCGGGCUUGGUGGCACAUGCCUAUAAUCCCAGCACUCAGGAGGCUGAGGCAGGAGGAUUGCUGUGAGUUUGAGAUCAGCCUGGGCUACAUAGUGAGACCCUGUCUCAAAACAAACAAACAAACAAACAAAAAGCCAAAAACGUCAUUUGACCUAGAUGUCUGGGUUAAAUUCAGGACUCAGUUCUAUUCCUCUGAUAGAUGUUUAUGGUGGAACCAGACUGUCCUUAUUAUUAUUGCACUGUAGUCAGUUUUGAAAGCAGGAGUACGAGUGCUUUAACAUCAUUCUUCUGGCCAUCACACUGCCUUUAAUGUCCUGCCCUCAGACAGCACAUACCAUCCCUUCUGCCACAUUAUCUUGGUAGAAAUGAGUUACUAAACCCAGUCAUAGUCAAGGAGAGAAGAACUAGGCUCCUCCUCUAACAGAGAAUUUGUGGACAUGUUUCCAAACCACCAUGAACAGGUAACGUACUAAACACUUGGCCAUAUGUCUUGCUGUUUUUAUUCAAUAAUACAUCUUGGAGAUUGUUCAAUAUUAGUGGAUAAAGACUACUUCUUUCUUAACAGCUCUAUAAUAAACUUUCGUAUAGAUGCAUAA